GCUUUGAGCACUCUCGCUCCUUCCUGUUCGACCCGCACCGUCCUUCCCAACAUCUCCUCGUACUCCCAUCCGUACUUCAUGCCUUGCCCUCUCGUUACCACAUCCACAUCCCAAUCCUCACCAUCCGCCCAUCAAGCAAAAUUGACAGGACGUGUGGCCUGACGGUAGGGCGCCCUCACUCUGCGACCACCUCCAGAGAGGUUCCCCCCGCAGACGCUCUGCAUUUGCAGACAAGCAUGGACGCGUGCUUGGGUGAUGUGGAAGACCUCGGUCCGAAUCCGAGCAUGUCCAACCUUCUUUUUUCGCGGCGGUGGUGCUUCGGACUGGAUGCGAUGCGGUUCUCUUUGGUCAACCUCCUGCCUGUCUCCUCAACCCCGUUCUAUUCGCGUGCCAUAUUUUCAGCAUGAUCCGCGCGACUUGGUGUUUUUGUCAUCCUGUAGGGAUCGCGUGAUUUGCGUUGCCGUCUCUUCCUCUCCGUUCGCGCUUGCCUUCCUCGACGCAACUCCGCUUCUACCCCUUCAUUUUUCGGCAUACACAGAGAUCCUGGAUGCAUUUGUCGUGAUCGAUUAGUAUAUGUUAUAGCAUUAGGCCUUCGCUUAUCAAACCUAC